CACGAGCUUAUCAUCAAGCCAGAACCUGAAGAGUUAUCAACGCCGAGAUCUAUGUCAUAUCUCCACGAGGCUGUUUACUACGGUCCUGUGAAAUCUUAAGCAACAAUACGCACACGCAACUACGAGUGAGAUGGAACAUCAAGGUGCCAUAUCACUAGCAUCUCCGUCUGAUCCAAGACAACUCGCCGUGGAGGGAGAACAUGCUCUCAGAACAAACCCUGACCACGAUCCACAGCUAUUUUCGUUCAGUCUUACGAGGACAACCAACAUCAAAUCUUGGGAAAAAAUACAAUCAAACGAGAAUCUACGCGACUUGCAAGAUAUCGUACGCAGAUUUCGGGUCAACCGUGGUAAUGUCAAGCACACUUUGAAUAUCAUCCCAUCUUCAAAUUGUCGAAGAAUUAUCUAUGAAAGUGUAGAGAAACAAAACCUGGAACUCUGGUACGUAAUCCAAUACAGUGGUGUACCAGGAACACGCAGAACAUGCAUAGUCCUCUUUUCAGAACUUUGCUAAUCUUCGAAGGAAAUACAAUAAGAAACUCCAAUUCACGAUUGCUGCAUUAUAUCUCCACUGGAAACCUGUCAAUCGUAGUCAGAAGCAACUCAAG